CCAUUACAACCACCGCCAAAGCCACGACGAUCCCGCCAGAAAACAAAAAAUGUCCUGCACUAUGAGUCCUUGCCCACGGCACCGCCGGCCAUGUGCGGCCGCACCGAGGAGAACAUCUUCCAGUUUCCCGCCGUGGCUUCGCGUGCCCGCAACCUCUCCGCCUCGCCCAACUUCGAGCGACGCGAGGCCAAGGAUCUGCCGGUGUGCGAGCAUGGAAAGCACACGUGCUUCUUCUGUCAGCCGUAUCGCGCCGAUCGCGGCACCAUUGAGCCGCUUAAGACUCGCCUAAACACGGCCAUCGAGGCCAUGGACGAACUGACACGCACCUAUGCGCUGCUGGAGGGAUUCCUGGAGCAGAAGUUGGCCACCAUCAUCGACAACGAGGCGGGCGAGAAGGAGGCGGAGCAAGCAACGACAAGUGAGGCAGCUGAGCCCACGGACAGGCCAAGGCAGCCGCCCAGGACCAGCACCAACGACACGGAGUUUGAGCUGGAGCACUCGCUCACCUGGCUGGAGUCUCUGAUGGGCACUGAGGUGGUGCCAACCUUCAAGCAGGGCAAAUUCAAGCGCAUACGGGAGCGCAGCAAAUCCAUGAUGGACGACGACAUCAAUAUGUUCAUUAAAGGCGAGCGUCCAAUGAAGAGUUUGUCUUCCUCGUCGCGUCCGUACCUGCUGCGACGCCAGAGCACCUACAGCGAUAACAAGUCCAAGGUAUCCAAGUGGACAAAAGUGAAGGCGGCAUUCAAAUGGGAGAGGGCCAACGUGCCACCCACUGGCGCGGCAGGAGCACCAGAGACCAGCGUCCUUGUGCCGCUGAACCACGAGGUGGAGAGAUACCUCAAGGUUCCCAUUGGCCAGGCAGGUGGCAGCAGCUCGGCGGACAGCGUUAUAAGCUCCUCGUCUGGACACUUUAUGAGCGAUACGGGGGGCACACCCGGCACCAUCAGUUCGGCCAGUUCCAUGGAUGAUCUCGAGGCUGGCCUACGUCAAAACAUUCGCCGCGACUCGUCCAAGAGCGACACACGCUGUGACUCGCGCACCUCCAACUUUGAGGUGGAGCUCCGCAAAUCGGCCACCGAUGAGCGCCUGGAUAGUAUUAAGGCCGCUGCCGCACUGCCCAUCAAAUCGUCAUCCAACAAAUCGCUUCGUCGCUCCAAAGCAUUCUCUGACUUUGAGGUGCUGCCCGAGGAUCAUGUGGCGGAGAUCAAGUCCACCAGCAGUCGACGCCAGAAGCUGCCGCCGAGUCCGCUGAACCUGAAUCAGGUGUGCAGCGAUCUGCCACAGCUGCAUUCGCCGCUCAAGAGUCCCAAGGAUAUGGCAGGCAGUCAGACAAUGCCACGCAUGCGGCGUGUCCACUCUCCGGGCAACUCGUCGGUGCCCAGUAGUCCCUCCAGACACUCGGAUUUCUUUGGUGAAUUCGAGAGCGAGGAUCUGUCCAGCGGCGACUUCUCAGAGCCGACAACGCCGAAUCGUAAGAAUUUCCCAGGUACCGAUGACGGCGAGGUAUUUCAACAUUAUCAACUUCUCGUACUCAAACUAGAUUCGGAUUUUAAGCGAAAGCAACGCGAGUUUGAGCGCUCCAGCGCCAGUAAUCGCAGUGUCAAGCUGUGCAGUGGCGGCGGCGGCGGUGGCGGUGCUGGCGGUGGCAGUGGCAAGCGGAGCAGCGACGAGCAUUCACCCACCCAGCUGUUGCACAGUGAUCUCAUGUCCACCGAGCAGCUGGAGCAGAAUCUAACGCCGCAGUUCAAGAAGAAGCUGCACAAAUGGCGGGCCAAGCAGCAGAGCUGUGCCAGCCCCUCCUACGGCACCACCGCGGAACCCUUGACGGCCAGUAGUCCCACGGCCAGGAGCCAGAGUGGCGAGGUGAAGCCCAAAAUCGAUUGGAAUCUGUGGAGCAUGGGGCAAAUGAAGCUGGAGGGACAAGGCCUGAGUGCUCUGCCGGACCAAAAGGACUUGCCCGAAAAGUUUCAGAAAAAGUUGGAGCAAUGGAACCGCUUGAAGUGCGCUCCUGGCGGUGGCAUGAAUUCGGACAACGAUUCCCUUAAGCGCGGCUCCAAGCACAGUCACUCCACGUCCACAUCCACACGUCGCGGAUCGGACGACGAUCGCUGGUACAAGCACAAGCCGCACGACAAGGAGAAAUUGUCGCGACUGAAGGCCAUCGUGGCACCCGAUCACACGUCCAAGAAGAUCGAGGUGAAGACCUCCGACGGCGAGGUGAUGAAAUUUGAGGGCAUCUCGAGAAAGUUUACGCGGAAACUCUACGAAUGGGAGAAGGCCAGGGGCAUUGGACCGGAGGCCUCCACUUUCGCGCUGCUCCAUCCGGGCUACUGUCCCAUCGACGUGCGACGCAUCAACAAGGAGUGCAACAAAGCCACUUCAGAUCACUCGCCCACCCUCAGUCGUUCCCUUUCGCUGGACAGUGUGGCGCCAAAUUGCAACCAGGGGCCGGCCAUUUCACAGCAGGCCUCAUCGCUGUCGCUGAAUGAUGUCAACGAUCAUCUGAAGGAGAUCGAGGACAGCACCGACGCCCUCACGGAUCACGAGUGUAAGAGGUACGACGAGCCCGAGGCGGUCAUGGUGGAGGUGGAAGAGCAUAUACAUGACACCGCCUCGCCGCUGGUCACCGCCCACACGCUGGUAGAGCAGCAGACUCCGAUCUACAAAUAUGAGGAAGUGCAGUGCAAUGACUACGUCAACUCUCGACGCGUGCAGAGCUUUGAAUCGCACACGAAUCUGGCCCCACUGCUCGGUGCAGUGAAGCGUGCCGAUGAGCUGUUUGGCCAUCUAAAGAAUGCCUCGCCGGAUCUGCUGGAGCACAGCUCGAUGCGGGAGUGCCAGGCCGUUGUAUUAAGCAUUCGCAGCAUUUAUCCGUACUACUCCAAUAACCUGAUGAAGGCGACCGUGCUGAAUGCCAUAUCCGAUGUUCAGAGCGAACUGGGACGCCUGUCAGAGCUGAGCCAAAAGUCGCCACUGGACGAGGCUUGCUGUCAGGAGACAAUGGAGGAGCGGACACAGGAAUACCAGGAGGAGUUGCAGGGGCUGCUCGAAUCGCUGCAGUGCCUCAAGCUGAGCAUACAGGGCGGCACAAAUCGUUAUCCACGCGACAUUGUGCCGGACAUUAACAUCACGAGCGAGGAUGGACAGCAGCUGGAGAGCAGCUCUGCGUAUGCCACCUGCGACAAUUCCAGUCGAGAUCAAUUGGCCCUCACGGAUCACAGUGUGGCCUCGCCCAUGGAACACGAGACUGAGACUAGCACCACAACGGGCACCCUUUGCCGGUCCAACAUGGGCAUGGCCAAUGCCAAUGCCAAUGCAAAUGCAAAUGGCAGUGCCACUGCGAAUGCAGCCAAGAAGAAGGUGGUGCGCCUGCGCAAGAUGGGUUCGCGGCAAAACAGCAAGACGGAGAGCGACAGCAGCGAUGCGGAUACGCACAGCGUCCUGGAGACACCGCGUCGUCUGCGCCGCAAGAACUUUCGGGUGAAACAGCGUUCCUUGGACGAUGAUUUCCGGCUGGGUUCCUUCACGACAACGGCCCCCAAUGAGGCAGACACCGCCAAUGCCACAGGGGAUGUUAUCUACGGUUCACUCAAGGUGAAACCCGGUGAACUGAUCGAACAGAGUCAAUGCAUUGCGCCUCCCCCAGCACCUGCUGCUGCUUCAGCUGCUGCUGCUGCAGCUGCAGCUCCACCCAUAAAACUGGGCGGAUUUGUGCCACCUCCGCUGCCGGAGCCCCAUGCCCGUACAUACAAUGCCAAUGUGUUUGUGAAGACCAAGCGAAAGAUCUUCACCACCAUUGUGGAGCCCAGCGCCUCCGAGGGCAUUGCACUCAUCGAAAAGGAGCUGGACAGCCCCACGCACAGCGUCGAGGAAAAAUCCGAGAGGUCAGAGAGAGCCAAGAACCAGCCACGGCCCCUCAAUCUGUACAAAUCCAUCAGCCUGGAACGCCUGUCGCCACUCCGCACCAAAGUGGAGCCGCUGCGCAAGUGCCAGAGCAGCGAGGGAUUGCGGCGGGGAUCACUACUGGUCCGUCCACCGCUGGCCAGCGACAGCAUAAAGAGGCUGGCACAGCUGCCGACCAGGCAGAUGCCGAUGCCAAUGCAGCUGGCCAAUCCGCCCGUGCCGCCGCGAAAGGCGCAUCUCUACAAGAAGAACUCGCUGCACAAGUCGCACAGCGCCACCGUCAGCAACAACAUUGAGCACAAGAUCGCCAAGACGAGCUCCGGUUCGACCUUCUCCAAGGUUCACCCGCCACUGACGCUGCCCAACCGGGAGGACAACACGCUGCCCCGCAUUCAGCGCAAGCUGGAGGGCAAGACCACCCCUUCGCUGACCCCCACCAAGGCCAAGCACUUUGAGUUCCCCCCACCACAGCUAGUGCUGCCCGAGCGUCCGGCCACGCCCCUCUCGGAGCGGGCCAUUCGGCUGCAGCUGGCAAAGGCGCAGUUCCUGCAGAGUGCGCCGGUAACGCCACGUCAGGAACCUCCCACACCCACAGCCGGUGGCGAUGCGUCGUCGCCGCCGCUCCACAAGAGCGUCAGUGCUGGCAGCAUUCGAGGAGGCACUGAAGCAGCUGCCAGAGCAGUGGGGCCACAGCAGCCGCAGCAGCAGCAGCCGCAGCAGUACCAACAGGAUGUAUCCACCGAUCAGGAGAGUGCCGGCACCUCCAGUGCCUACGAGAGUCUGCCGCGUACCGUCAGCCGGAGUGCAAAGAUCUCCAGCAAACUUGGCUUCGCCACACUCACCUCCAAGCUGCGGCGCGGCGGCAAGAAGCCGCCCAAGGAAUCGUCUGCAUCCCCCUCAACCAGUGGCAGCGCCCUCUCAGCGCUGUGUCGCCAAACGUUGAUGGCCGACGUGAUUGUCAUACCCCAGGCCUAUGGGUCGGAGAAACCACCGCCCAGUCCCACUGCCAGGAAUGUGCACAAGUCGCAGAGCACUCCGCAGGCGGUCACGCCCCAGAUCAAUCUGGAUGGAUUGAACAAGUCCCUGAGCGAGCAGUAUGUACGCCAGCUCAAGGAGAGCGAUGUCUAGGUCUAGUCAGAGCAGUCACGAAUGACGAGUCAGAUGUCCAGAAUCUACAUAAUCUAGUCAUACACAUAUCGGGAGAGUACACAUACUCGCAUCCAGUGAAAGAGUCAUUGCUAGUCUAGUCGGGAGUAACCCCACACUGUUACUCCUCUGAAGCAUUAAAGAUCAAUGAUCCAGUUACCCAAUGAACCAAGAAACAAUCGCACUCCCUCU